UACCUGGUGGGCCGGUCUCUAGUCAAAAUGCCCGGGACGAUUUUUUGUCCCAGUCCAGCCCUGGUUAUUAGUGUGAGUAGGACGGAGCUCAAGAGCAGAAUACGACACAAAAGGAAGGAAAGGUGGCAAAAGCAAUGGGAGGAGGAGAGGAAAGGGCGAUGGUUGUUCAACAACCAAAGUGGGGGAAAUGAGAAGUACAGGACAAAACAGGAGAGAGGAGACGAUUAUCUCGACUGAGAUUCGGACACACUGGCUUAAAUAGCACAUUAUUUUUAAUAGGUAAACACUGUACAGGGGAGUGUGACUGCAGUAGGGAACAGGAAACAAUACAACAUGUUUUAUUGCAUUGUCAGAAGUAUGAAAGGAGACAACUGAUCAAAAAGCUGGACGAUAUGAAAGUGGAGUUGGACUUGUUUGAUUUAUUCCGCAUGAGCUCUAUAAGUGAAAGCUAUCAGGCUGUAUUUUGGUUUUUAAGGCAGACCCAUUUGUUCGGGAGAAUUUGAAUAUUUUAUUUUAUUUUUGUCAUUUCGGUCCACACUCCACACCAGUGGCGGCGGUAAUGCACCAUUUUGCUGUUUGCCAACCGCCAAUAAACCUAUACAGAAGAAGAAAUACAACCGGAAAUCGUUUACAAACACGAAGUUUUUGUUUUGGUGCCAUUUACACCCUACAGCUGUAGAAAUUAGUUUAACUUGUAGUCUACUAACUUUUUCUAUAUCAGGAUGGCUUAUCGGGAGUUCCGAAAUCAUCCACAGUCACUUUGACUUAUAUUCAGCCUGAUAGCUAAGGCGGAGGAUAGCUUCUGUAGCCAUAAGCGCUAAAGUUAAGAGACCUGUCGGACAGUGAAUCUUUUAAAGAUGUUGUCAGCAUCAGAGUGUUUGUGGUUGUGUCUCGCCGCUCUGAUACUAUCUGCAUCAGCUGAAGGUGAACCAGGUUCACGGAUCAAAGUGGUUGUACUAGAAGGAAGUGACGCCAUCCUGCCUUGCUCACUCAGCACCAAGGAGAACAUUGAACAAGAUCUGUUUAACUGGAGGAAAGUUGAUCCAAAUAAACAGGAGGUGUUCAGGUAUGAUGGAGGCAAUCAUUACUAUAACGGCCUCUCAGGUCAAGACGAGCACUUCAGAGGACGGGUGUCACAUUUUCCACUAGAGCUGCAGUUUGGUAACGCCUCCAUCAUCAUCAAAAAUACCGUGGUGACUGACAGUGGAAACUACACCUGUGAUAUACGUCUGCAACAAAAACAAACAUUCAGCACUGAACUUGUUGUUUGUGCAGCUCCGAAGCCACUCAUUCAUGUCCUGAAAAUCACAGAGGACGAGGCGUGGCUGAAGUGUGAGGUCAGAGGAGCUUUUCCAAAGCCUAAAGUAGAGUGGAGGGACGGGGAUGGAAACAUCCUUCCUGCUGAGGAGCCACAGGUGUCACACACAGGAGAGCACUAUAACAUCACCCUCCUCACCACGGUGACCAGGACAAACAGCAGCCUCUUCCUCUGUGUAGCCACGCAGGAGGAACUCAAACAUGAGACUAAGCAUGAGCUCUACGUCGCUUUCUGUGGCACAUGUGGACAAGUUAUCACUGGAUGGCUGGGUGGAUGGUUCAUUGGAAUACUAAGUUUUGCUUUAGUUCUGGCUGUGCUUGUGGCUACAGGGACCAUCAAAAUUCCCUCAGGUAAGUUAAAGUAAUUAUUUAAUAAUAUGCUGUGUAAAGCGACCAAUAUGUUAAAUAUAUUAAUGAAUUGUAACAUUAAUAUUGUAUUAUUAAUUGUAUUAUUACGAGGGCAAUCCCAAAAGUAAGGUCUCCUAUUGUUUUAGAAAUACAAACAACCAUUUAUUUUCCAUAAUAUUUACAUAAUUUGAAGGGUUGACGAAUUAUUUAUUUUUCUACAUAAUCACCAUUUCAGUCAAUGCAUUUUUGUAGACGCUGUGGCAGUUUUAGAAUGCCCAUGUCAUACCAGCUCGCUGUCAUGUCCUUCAUGAAGCUUUGAACCUCAUCUUUCACCUCUUCGUCAGAGCAGAAUCGCCUUCCGGGCAAAUGUUCUUGGGGAAUUUGGGGAGCAGGUGGUUGUUACUGGGUGCCAAGUCCGGGCUAUAGGGUGGGUGAUGAGGUUCCAACUAAAGUUUUGCAGGACAGCGACGGCUUGACAGGCAACUUGUGGACAAGCGUUGUCAUGGAAAAUGCUUACGACAACGCUUGAACCGGAGAAGACAUUCCUCUUCUCCGGUUCUGUAUUGCCCUUCUGAGUUUUUUUCAGUAUUUCACAGUAUCUGUCAGCAUCUAUUCUGGUCCCAGCAGGCAGAAAGUCGACCAAGAAUACCCCCCUUUCGGUCCCAAAACACAGGUGCCAUGACUUUGUCAGCGGACUGUGUUUGUUCGAAUUUUCACGGCUUGGGCGAAGAGGUAUGCCACCACUUGUAUGAUUGUUGUAUGGUCUCAGGUGCAAAGUGGAACCCCUGAUUUUGUCACCAAUGACAAUUGAGUCCAAGAAGAUGUCCUUUUCAUUUGAACAGCAGCGAAGAAAUUCACGGGAAGAAUCAACUCAUUGCCAUGGUCUUCUGUCAGCCUUCGUGGUACCCGUGUUGCACACACCUUCCGAUAUUGCAACUUGUCUGUUAAAAUCCUGUGGAUGGAGUGAGCAUCCAGAGUAAUCCGCCGAUCUUUUCCUCAACCUUCAUGACUCUUGGGGAAUUGAUGGUCUCCCACUCCUUCGUACUGAAAUUCAUGCCAAACAACCGGCUGUAAGCUCUCCACACCACCACAGCAAACUGGAAGCUGGUUCCACAGAAGAGGGGCCUGAAAACUGAAGGCUCUGCCUCCCAUUCUACUUUUAAAUACUCUAGGAACAACA